AUGUCUUACUAUCGAUUGAAUAACGGUCAAGGUGGUAAUAACAAUCGUUGGCCACAGCAACUUUCACAUCAGGAGAUGUUGGCGAAUCAUUCGAAGCUGAUUUUAGAUAAGAACAAACCUGCUGGUACUCAGAGUAAACCACCUAUCGUAAUGGCGAGCAACAAUGUUUUUUCCAUUGGUCCUUACCGUCAAAGAAAGGAUAGCUCAAGGGUCUCGGUGCUACAAAAGUAUGAAAUUAUAGGUUAUAUCGCAGCGGGUACAUAUGGUAAGGUUUAUAAAGCGAAGUCUAGGGAUUAUGAUAAUAAUAGGAAUGGCAACGAUGUUAUAGUUCUUGACUCUCCCGAUCCUAUCAGUGCUGACUCGAAUUUAGACAUUAACUCCAUCAAUAGAUCAACAAGGCAACAUGAGGCAAAUGAAAAUCUAACUACAACAGACUUUAGAAAACCUUUCAAUAAACGUUUUACUCCCAACGAAAGGAAUAAUUCAACUCAAAUUAGGUUUAAUAGCGGGUCAGAGCAAAAUACUGGGAUGAAUUCUUCCAAUUUAACUAACAAUUCGAGAAAACCAUCACAGAUCCAAUUCUAUGCUAUUAAAAAGUUCAAAACUGAAAGAGAAGGGGUAGAGCAUUAUACAGGGAUAUCUCAAAGUGCUUGUAGAGAAAUGUCACUUUGUCGAGAGUUGGAUAAUAACCAUUUGACGAAAUUAGUCGAAAUAUUUUUGGAGAAGAAAAGCAUAUACAUGGUAUCGGAGUUUGCUGAGCACGACCUUCUUCAAAUUAUUCACUUCCACUCUCAUCCUGAGAAAAGACUAAUACCUUCUAGGAUGCUCAAAUCAAUAAUGUGGCAAAUAUUGGAUGGUGUGUCUUAUUUGCAUCAAAACUGGAUACUUCAUAGGGAUCUAAAGCCGGCUAAUAUUAUGGUUACCGUUGAUGGUUGUGUUAAGAUAGGUGAUCUAGGUUUAGCAAGAAAAUUCAAUAACAUGAUUCAAACAUUAUACACUGGUGAUAAGGUUGUUGUUACAAUUUGGUAUCGUGCACCUGAAUUAAUACUUGGUGCUCGUCAUUAUACUCCAGCUAUUGAUCUUUGGGCUGUUGGUUGCAUUUUUGCAGAACUCAUAGGUUUGAGGCCAAUAUUCAAAGGGGAAGAAGCUAAAAUGGAAUCUAAAAAGAGUGUUCUCUUUCAGGCUAACCAAUUCCAAAGGAUACUCGAGGUUAUGGGAACGCCAGAUCAUAAAAUAUGGCCUAACAUCAGUAGCUAUCCAGAAUACCCUCAACUCGCGAAAAUGCCGAAAUACAGAGAAUCGUUAACAACAUGGUACCAGACCGCUGGUGGUAAGGAUAAAGCUGCUUUGGACAUUCUUUACCGUUUGCUAACAUAUGAUCCAAUUCGCAGGAUAGAUGCUAUUGAUGCUUUAGAUCAUCCUUACUUCACUAACGGUGAUCCACCUGUUUGUGAGAACGUCUUUGAAGGUCUUAACUACAAGUAUCCUCCUAGACGCAUUCAUACAAACGAUAAUGAUAUUACAAAUGUAGGAAACGACAAUAACCCUAAUCACUCUCAGAAGCAAACAAUACAUUCUAAUAACAACAAUAAAAACGGCAGUAUAAAUGGACUAGGUGUAAACAAAAGGGUAUUGGCUGCUGCCGCUGCUGCCGCUGCUGCCGCCGCCGUUUCAGGCAAUGGCAAUAACCCAUCUAAUAACAAUAUGGCGGCUGGAGGUUCAGUACGUAAAAAGAGAAAGUAA